AUGGCAAGCCAAGGUCCUAACAACACACACAAUGCUGCACAAAUUCCAGGUCAAGCUCAGAUGAGAAGUGAUGACCUGCUGAACCAACCAUCUGACAUCCAUAACCAAGGCCAGGGCACCAACAUCCUUCAAGAUACUGGGACGCAAGUCAAGAACGUGGCACAAGGAGCAGUAGAUAUAGGAAAAGGAGCGGCACAAGGGGCUGUGAACCUUGCACGGGGAGCAGCAGCUGGAGCUGCAAAUAUGGCAUCUGGAGCAGCUGAUGCAGUGAAAAACACUCUUGGGAUGAACCCUGCAGACAAAACCGGUACCACCAACCUCCCUGGCAACAUGGGAAGCGCAGCUGGUUCAAACAACCCAACAAGCAAAGACCAUCCAAGCAACCCUAGUACCAGGAUUUGA